AUGUCAGAUAAACUUACUAGAAAGAAUUCGAUAAAUUCUACCCAAACAGGGUCUUAUUCGAUUGCUUCUUCAAUAAGCAGUAUCGGAUCUAAGACGAUUUUAAAGGCUAAAAGCAAGCUACAGAGUUUCAAGACGGGGCCCUCAAAAGAUGAUUCGGAGGAUUCUCCUGCUGCAAAAGAAGCGAGUCUACCUAAGUUGACUUCAGAAAGAGACAAAGCGACUGUAUACCUUUCACUUCGUUAA